GGCUGUCCCCUUCUGGCAACCGAGGGCUGGGCUCGCGCCCCCGCCCCGUGCUGUGUUGGGCUGACCGGGCUAGGGGGGCAGGGUGUGCAGCGUGAGGACUUGGAGGCCUUCGGGUUAGCAGCGACGCCACCUAACGUGCCGCCGGCCGGGGAACGGACUGGGUGGUGACAUCAGCAGUGCUGAGGCCCGGAGGCCCGCCGCGGAGCGGUUCUGACCGAGCCGAGGUCGGCGGUUACGGAUCUGGCCAGGUUGCUCCUCGCUGGGUGAAAGCACGUCCGUUCAAAGUUCCCAACUAACGAGGCCGCCGUCUAAGGUGCCUUCAUGAAUAAUUUAAAUGACCCUCCCAAUUGGAACAUCCUGCCAAACCGACGAGAGCCUGGGGAUGAAGGUAGCAGGUGGAACUACGCCUUGCUGGUCCCUAUGCUGGGUUUGGCCGCCUUCCGUUGGAUCUGGACCAGAGAGUGUCAAAAAGAAAUAGAAAGAGAAAAAAAGGAAUAUUAUAAAAAACACUCAUCUUUACAAAGAGACCUGGAAGGCAAAUACCGGGAUAUAAUUACAGAAAAUCGUCGCACAGUUGCGCACUUGGAGUUGGAGCUUGAAAAGGAACGCAACAGAACACUGAGCUACCGAGAAGCCCUCGUAUCCCAAAGUCGUAAACUAGUAGAAGAAAGACGGAUCCUAGAACAGGAGCAAGAGAAGUUAGAGCGAGAAAAACAAGUGCUUUUACACUCAGGAGCAGCAGGUAACUUAUACCAGAGUUGUUUGUUAAAGGAAGAAGAGUGGCAAAAGAGAGCCAAUGUUUUACUAAAAGAAUUUGAAGAUGGACUUAAAGAAAGACAGGAUAUCUACUGCAGUUUUGUUGUACCUAGAAGCCAGAGACUAGAAAUAGAGAAAAAUCUGCUAGUUAAAGCAGCAACUGACCCAGUUGCUGUGUCUCUACAUAUGGAAAGUGGUUUAAAAGAUAUUUUCAAACAUGAUAACUACUGUAGCAAUAUGCUGAACAGAAACAGAAGUCAAAAUGGAAAACUUAUGUGGCUGUAUCUGAGGUAUUGGGAGCUAGCUGUUGAAGUACAAAAGUUCAAGAGGGCAGAAAAGGUGAUUUUAGGAAAACGUUAAAGUAAUGGCAUUUGAUGUGAUUCACUGUGCAUAGUAGGAGCAAUCACAAUUGUAGUCUGAAGCCAUUAAAUUUUCCUGUUAUAUUUCUGUUUCUUCUCCGUGUUGCACUUGAAUUUGCAUGGGACAUAUGCAGUGUUGGUGCCUUUCAUUUCACUAAGUGAGGUCCAGUGAGCUAUGCAUGCUCUUAAACUCUAUGAUUGUGUUUGUGUUGCAGAUUGCAGUAUAGUAUAGAGAUAUGUCAGCUUAUGAUAUUAGAAGCAACAAAAUAGAACUCAGUUUAGACUGUUUUACCUGGUUGAUGGUCAUACUCCAUGAACAGAGAGGUGUGAUUGUCCUUCCCAAGUGGGGUAGCUCAAGGGGUUUUUAUUUGGUUGGUUGAUUGUUUAAACCAGUGUUUUUGAGGCAGAUGUUUGGAAGAGACUGUGUUUGAAUGAACUGCUUGAAAUACACAUCCUACGUGUAUAGAUGUACAUUUAUGUAAAUGUAUGUGUAAAUAUGUGUGUAUAAAUAUAUGGCACAGUUUUCUGAGGAGGGAAAUAAUAUCAUCAUGUUUCAAAUUAAUCAGUCUUGCGUUGUCUUCCAACUUGAUAUACAAAUAGUACUUUACGAAACAUUCCUAAUGAAACAUCCCAAGGAUGCUAAUUGGAAUAACACAUAAAGAAACAGGUUGAUGAAAUUCUUAUUUGAACUAGGGAUUCAUGCUUGGAAUACUAGAGAGAGUACAAACUCCAAAUUGCAUUCUCAUCUUACUGGAGGUGACAAUACUUAAGAAUAUUUACAUUUUUAAUCUGUCAAGGUUGUAGUUGUAAUUCAGCAGUGUGCCUUCAUUAUAGAUGUCACUGCUGCCUCUGCAUCCCAGUCUCCGUUCCUUGGACAAGGCCUGUUUAUUUGUAGAUAAGAACUCAAAUGCAGCCUACACUGGGAGUCACUGCUGCCCUUAGUCCAUCUCAGUUCUCCCAGAACUAAGAAUGCUUUCUCACAAUUUUUUGGUUUUGAGCUAAUUGUUCACCACUCCACAUCAAUAUGACUAUGAAAGCCUACAGAUAUGCAGACUUCCAAGUUGGAAGCUUAUUAAUUUAGUUAGUACAGUAAAAUAAAUAUAGAUAAAAAAACCAAACAAAUAAAAAAGAACACCCAAAACCUUGAGUAUUUUUUGUGUCCUUGGAGCAGUAGGAACCACUUUUUCAAGUGUGCCGUGCAUUUUUCUAAUCCAAUCUUAGACCUCAAAAGGCCAGUAUACUGUUGUAUUGAUUUAUUAGACUUCUCUUUCAUGAAGCUGUAGUAGAUAGAUCUGGAUAGAAAAAGAGAUACCAUUCACACACACUGGGAAGGCCAAAGCAUGUCUGAAUGCCAAACAAAUGCAGGUUGGUAAAUGAGAACACAAUUGAGUUACUGCUGUUGUGUGACAGCUUGCCUAGUUUCUCAGUAGAACAAAACAGUUUGCAUUUGUCCAGUGAUAGGACAAGAGGCAACGGAUGCAAGCUGGAGCAUAGGAGGUUUCAUGUGAACAUAAGGAAAAACUUUUUCAGUGUGAAGGUGACAGAACACAGAAACAGGCUACCCAGAGAGGCAGCGGUUUGACUAGAUGGUCUUUUGAGGUCCCUUCCAACCCCUAACAUUCUGGAUGUGAUUCUGUGAAUAUAACUUACUUCUGUGUGUUUCCUCCAGGAUGUGGUAAGUGUCUGACCACACAACUAUGGCAUGUUUCAUAUGUACAUGCAGGCAGUUGAUCAAAUCAGCUGGCAAACAGCAGCUAGUGAAUCAGUGUAUUUAAGAUUCAUGCCUUGAAAUCACACAUACUCAUUUGUUCUUCAUAUUAAAGUAGCAAAUAUUUUAGACUUCCUAAUUUUGUUUCCAUAGCCACUGGCACCACUGAAAAUGCUUAAGAGGGGUAAAAAAGAGCAAAAUACUUCACUAUAAAUAUGUGAGGCAUCAUAUGCUUGACUGUGUAGGGUUGGAUGAAAUAUAAUAAAUGUUUGGUAUUUGCUUUCA